AUGGAACGCCAGCUCAUCAGGGUCAGGAAGAUAGUCAAGUGCUACAUCGACCUUGGCAACCUCGAUGCCGCCCAAGAAGCAUUGGAGGCGACGUCUCCGGCUCGGAAACAGCAUGCUCUGUCCCGUUAUCUGCGAUACACUCUAGCUCUUCGCCAGGGAAAUGAAGACGAAGGUACAGCUUCGAUCCACAUUGGCAUCCACCAUCUGGUUAACACAUACCAACUGACCAUUCGGAAGAUCCAGUACCCAGCAAACGCGCCCCAAGAAGCACACCGUGGAAAAGUAAUCCACGAGAUCAACUCAAAAUAUUGCCAGGCCAUCCUAUACACUGUCCAGGUAAGGUCUGCAUCACCGUCAAGCACGGCAGAGGACCUGCCGAAAACGUCGUACUCCGGCAGGCCACCACCAAGUUCGCUCGCGGAGAUCAGGCUCACGCUCUAUCGGAAUGUAUUUGACAUCUAUACGCAAGUUCACAGCCUUGUCAGCACAUUGCAUGACUCCAGCGAUUUUAGCCACGCAACCACGGAAGUUGUUGAGGGUAUGGCGCAAAAGCAACUAGUCCUUGCUCCUCUGGCCUUCGAAGCCCUGUUUUUCAUGCAGUGCUCAAGCAUAACAGACGGGCCCGAACAAGGUCCGAGCAUGGUCGACGAAACAUCACUCAAGCAGAUACUGGAUCAAACCAUGGCCCUCAAUCCAACGCAGAAGACCUUUUCAAUCUUCGCCGACAUGAUCCUCUCCGCCGGCACCGGGAAGCACAGUAACUCGGAUCCAGGCAUGUCUGGAUCUGCUCCGCUGUCCGCCUCCACCACUGUCAAUCUCCUCGCAAGGCUGAUCACCGGACUACGGAGCAGUCCAAAUUACGACGCCGCCCAAGCUGCUAAAUGGAUAAGGUGUAUGAUACAAGUGGUUCUGGACCAGCUGGAAAUAAGAGCGGUCCCCCAAGAGAGGAAGAACCCGGCUUCCGAUUCAGAAGAUCUCCCGGCCACAGCCGAUACUCGAACUCAAUGCAUGAAGAACCUGAGCACUCUAGCCAAGCUCAUGGAUCAUGCACUGAUUUUCGCGCGCUCAAAUGAGACGUACCCAGCCGAGGAACUGCAAUGGCUUGCCACGACGUUGUUUAACCUUGCCAUCGACAUUUAUGUGACCUCUUCUUCUCCCUCCCCUUCUACUUCUACCUCCGCUUCCGCUCCAAAAAUCCCAUAUGGCACGUCGAAGUCAGAGACAGGAGAGGACAAAGGGACAGAGGGCGACAAUUUCAUGGGACAAGAGACGGCGGAGAGCAAAGGGCCAGAAACCGACAGCGUCAUACGCCCGGAGACGUGGGCCAAGAGGGCGGUCGAGUUCGCGGAUAUGCUCGGCCUGAAGCAGAAUCCGAGUCAAAAUCUGGAAGGCUCGGCGUCUGCCAUAGCUAGGGGUAGGGGCGAAGGAGUGAACCUGCUCGCGAGGACCUUGAGGGAGAGAUGUCAGAGGUUGAAGUGGGACGUUUGA